AUGCUUCUAUCAGCUCAACCUCGAAAAUCUAUUAUUGACUUGGCUGAAGAGUCUGGCCUAUUUGAUAUCAAUGCGUCGGAUUUGGUUUGCGAAUCAAGUGCCAAUGGAAUAUGCUACUAUGAUUUUGUUUUGAGUUGCAAUCCAUGUGGAAGUGCUGAAGGUGGAAUGACAUUGUAUUUGGCAAAAUUCGAUAAUAAAGUAAAUUUGGAACUUUUCGAAACCGCCCAUAUUCCAAGAGAACUCUUCGAAGAUGGUCUUCCUAAUAGCGAUCUUGGCCUUAUGACAUUGGGAGUCCUUAUCUGGAAACAAACAGUAGCGAAAUCUCGACUUCUUUGCUUGGUCAGAAGUAUGGAAGGUGACACUACUCAAGCCUUGGAAGCUCUCAAACGUGCCACCUACAAAUUCUCAAUCCACCAUCAUGUGCAAUCAACUGGCCGUAGAAUGUCUACAUCUUCCACUUCUAGUUACGGAUCUGCACAUUCUUAUUUAUCCGAAGGAAUGCGUAUGCGAGUUCUCCUUUGCCAAUCGCGAAAUGUUGUUGAAACAAUCCCAGCACAAGCUGUCCGUGAAACCAAAGCCUUGUUAAACCCAUCAAGCAACCCAAUUUUAUGCCUAUGCUUCCCUCUCGUUUGA